CUUGAAAGAGAGUGAUCAUGUGACUGUCAAGAAAGGAAACAGGCGUCUUGACUUAUCAGACGUCAUCCUGUGUGGGAGAAAAAGGCAGAUGUUUCGGUGGAAAGCAUUUUGGAGAGGGGGAAGAGAGAGAGAAGAUGGGAGGGAUUUGUGAGUCACAUGUCUUUUAUAUAUCUUUAACAUAAGGGGUGUCAAUGAUUUUCAGUCUGUCUGGAUGGGGUGAAGAACCUGCUGCAUCCUGAGGUUAUUUGUUCUUGCUUUAUGUUUCUCUCACUGGUGUGAGAGUCCUGUUUACUGAAGAACCUGAAGACAACUGGAGAUGAGGGCUGUGAUGUGGAUUUAUGCCGCGUUUGUCCUCUUGUUGCCUGAAGCGUGGAGCCUGAAUCCAGGAACUAAUCAAAGCACCUCUGUGAGCCCCAGCACUUCUCCUCCUCCUAUUAAAAUUAUCGUUGUCAGACAUUCAGCUUUCAACUUGGGGAGUGACGUUAACCUGACAUGCAGCAAUAAGACGUGGAGUGAGAUGAUUUUUGUUAUAUGGACAAUAAACUUGAAAUCCAGAGAUUGUAGGAUUGGUUUUAGCAAUGAGAACCAAAAAGAAGACUCCUGCAAUGAUGGCAAAUCCCUUCGAAACACAUCCAGGUCUCAGUCAUACCUGCACAUCCCAAAAAUCUCAAAUGAUGAUGAGGGGAUCUAUAAGUGUGAAUCAGUUUACUCAGGAGGAAGUGAAAGUUAUGAGAUCAACGUGGCAAUCACAGUUCCUCCCACUAUAUCAGCCUGGUUAGAGCGUAAGGACAACAAGAUAGUGGCAGUGUGCAGAGCUGACAAAGGAAAACCUGCUGCCAACAUCAGCUGGAGUCGUACGGGAAACUCUUCGGAAACGCUGCUUGACUCAAAUGGAUUUUUUACAGUAGAAAGUCGUCUGGAGCUUCUUGGGGGAAUGGAUACAAAAAAUCUGAGCUGUGCUUUCAGGCACCCAUACUGGAGAGAAGAUAAAGUUUUGGUACCGGAAUUCAGAAAAGGUUAUAAUCCGUUGCUGUUCAUCCCCUUUGUUGUGGUAGUCAUUGUGUUUAUGGUAGGAAUUUUAAUUUUGGCCCAAAAGAAACUAAUGCAUAGGCGAUGUCAGCAAUCCAACACCUCACUGUCCAAAUCUGCACCGACAGAGGAUGUGGAGGAAGUGGAGCCCUACGCCAGCUAUGUUCAACGUGUAAACUCUAUCUAUAACUCCUCUGCAGAUUUGUUCACAUAAAAUCCUGCACAUGCAUCAAACUCACACAUUUAGAUGCACAUGGCUCUUUGUGAGAACCUGGAGGCUGUGUGAAACUCAGACAUGGUGAAAUAGUAAAGAGAAAUGAGAGUGAGAUGAAACACUUCCGAUAAGAGAGGGAAGCCUCUCGCUUUAAUUCAGUCUUGAUGGAUGGAACAGGGGAUGUACCUAAUGUCACCACUGGCUCCUAUGCACAGUACAAGCAACCCACUACUCUCUGUGUGUGGGUCUCAUGGAGAACGUUAAUAACCACUAAAAAUGCACUGAAAUGCUGAACUGGAAAGAAUACCUUCUUCAGCUGGAUGCAGCAUGCCAAGCCAACAGAACUAAAGACUUGUGAUGUUGUGAAAGACAUGCUGCAGUUAUAAGAUGAUGAUGAUGAUUCUCAUUCACAAAAAAUCUUUUUUUGUUGCUCUCAUUUAUUUAUAGAUUUACUUUAAAGAGACCCUCACCUUUUAAUGGACUUAUGUCCAUUAAAGAGUAGAAAACACAGGUGUGAUUCAGUGAUGAAACUGUCUCAAUUUUCUUAUAUAUUAGUGCGUAACUAUAACUGUGUGUAUUAAAAAUACACCUAAAUACAGAUUCAAAAAACACUAAAAAAACGUACACCAGAACAAGUUAUUAGACUGAAUUUGAAGUUUCUAGUACCGAUUAUGUGUCAGUAACAAUUGUGUGCCACAAAGGACUUUUUUUUUGUUUUUCACUGUAUGUUUUUCACUUGAAAUGACAAGACAAAAUGUCAAGAUGACUGAUUACAUCCUUUUUAGACAUGCAGUAGAAAUAAUUAGCUGAUAUUUGGCAGAACAUCCACCCUUCCCGUUACCUGUUUGAUGACUAUCAGCAUUAGACCAUCCAAAUAAAUGAUGACUCAUGAA